AUGUCUGAUAUUCUUUCGUCUUAUGAUUUUCUGCCCUCAAAUCUGAAAACUGGAAAAAUUCGACUUGAAAUGGACAAUGCCUCAUAUAAAGAGCUAAAAUCAUCCAGAUACCAUACUAUUCAAACUGUUAUUGCCGAUUUGCAUUGGAGUGCUCUUUUUGUGUUUCCGUCUGCUAGCUCGGAUUCGAUGAAAACCAGGCUUUCAAUCAAGAACAGAGAGUUCGAGACGUUCAAAGCAAAGGGAAAGCUGAGCAUGAGAUUAGAAGACAAAUCAGGAAAAUUAAUCGAGGAGAGAAUAUACUCGAAAGAAAUGGAAUUUUCUGCCAGAACUUUGCUAUCAAGACCAACCGUAGAUUUGUUCGAGAUUCCUUCGUUUGCACAAUCGUUGAGAGAUGACAACAAGGUAAUAUUGGAAAUUGAUAUUGAAACAUUCAAUAAAUUCGAAGUGCCUGUCGAUCGGCUGAAGGAAAUUGGAGAUAUUAUUCUGAAUAUUGGCGGAAGGAAAUUGAUUUCAAAUAGAAUGCUUCUUUCAAUUCAUUCUCCAGUUUUUCGUGAAUUACUCAAGGAUUCGACAAUUACCGAAUAUGAACUUGAAGAUGUCGAUUUUCUAGAUUUUGCGACGCUUCAAAAUGCAAUUGUUCCAGAUGCUUAUCCAAUUCCAUUUACGAAUGUCGAAGGAGUUCUUAAAUUGGCACAGAAAUUCGAAAUGCAUCAAAUUGUGAAGAAAUGCCGAAAUGUGAUUGAUGAAUUUUCUCAAUACAUUACACAGACAACUGCUCCGUGUCUAUUUUUUCGGAUGCAGGCAGCGUUAAAUGUCACGGAUAAUCCAUCGUCGUCAUCAGAAAAUCAUCAACGAAAUCGGGUAGAUUUCAAAGGCGCUCAAUUCGUUUUGCAAUCAAAUUUGAAAAUUCUUGCGAAAGCAAUCAGUGCUCUUGGAAAAAUGGCAGAAGAUGUGUAUUUGGAAGUUACAGAUGGUGGACUAAUGCUCAAAGUUCUGAAUCGCUCCAAAUCAGCGUAUUGCGUGUUUCGUUUUGCGCCUGAAUUUUUCAACGAUUGCGAUUUAUCGCUAAUAAAUCCGUCAGCAGUAAACGUUUGUCGAAUGUCAAUGAAAGCCGCCCAAUCAAUGUUCAAAGGAAUUCAUCUAAACGAUAAAAAUUUUCUUGCUUGCGAGUUUCGCGUCGAUCCAAAGUCGGAUACAAUGGGAGUGCAGUUAGGGCUUAGUUAUGAUAUCACGCGCACAAUAAAUAUAAAAUUACUCGAAUUUUCUGGGGACCUUGUCAGGCCGAAAUAUGAUCGAAACCAGUAUAGGAAUUGCACCGUAUUGUUUGCAUCCAUUCUAACCCCAAUUCUGAACCAACUUCGAAACGAGGGAGAAGUCACCUUAUUCUGCGAGAAAGAAUACCUCCAAUUGAAAAAUUUCCAAACCAGCGGAAGCGAGAAUCUUACAAGAAUGAAUAUCACGGAGAUGCGAAAUCCGAAACGAAUUCGAACCGAAACGAAAAUUUCAGUUGAGAAAUUAUCGCGGCAUAACAUCACGUUUUCCACCGAAAUAUCGUUUUCAUUGAAAGAAUUUUCGGCUGUUGUGAUUUUUGCCGAAUAUCUCGCCUCGGAAGUUUGUCUUUAUUAUGACACACCAGGAAAGCCACUUAUUAUCGCCGUUGAAUCGAGUACGAGUUUCGACGUCGAGCUUCAAUUAGCCACUAGUUGUCCCGAUGAUGAUUUCGACGUUGACGGCGGCAUAUUUGGCGAAAAUUCAACGAAAACUCCGUCACCAGUUAAAACGCCGAGACGAGGUUCAAUGCCGUCGCAAUCGCGCAACAUUGAUGUCGAAAUCGACGAAAUAUCGACGAAUCGAACAAAGCGAAAAAUUGUCGAGCACACAUCUCAUGAGGGUGACGCCGAAACCACGCAUAAUCGGACGUGGCGCGAAAAAGAAAUACGACUUCCAAAUCAGGAAGAAACUACAAUGCCUGCUCUGGAUCUAGCGGAAAAUGAUGAACCGAUGGAAGUGGCCGAAAAUGGAUCGGAGCUUCGUGGCGAGUUUGCGACGCUGGCUGUGGAACCAGAGGGAGACGCGAUGCAGGCACUUCCAGCGACACCUCCACCUCACGAUGAAAUGAUGGAAGUGGAUGCUGAGCCUGCACCACAGCCUGAAGAAGUCGCGAAUAAACGGGUAAAUAUUUAUGAUAUGAAGAAAUUCGCAAUGAAAGGCAAGAAAAAAGGGGGAAUUUUACAAGAGGAUUUGAGAGACCAAGAAAAUAACAAGAAAAAAUACACAUAA